AUGACACCCAAAUAUGACAAAGGAAUUGGUGACAAAUUACAAGGCUAUGGUUUAGGCAGUAUGCCGUUGAAAUUAGGAUGUGUAGCUGUUUUGAAUCGUACUCAAGAAGAAAUCGAACAAAAUAUUAGUUUUGAUGAAAUGAGAAAACGUGAAAAUGAUUUUUUUAGCAAUACAAGAGCAUUCGAAAAUGUUCCUGAUUGCUACAAAGGUAGUGAUCAAUUAGUUAAAAAAUUGGCAACACUUCAACAAAAUCGUAUUCGCUCAACAUUACCCAGUGUCAUUGAACAAUUACGAAUACAAAUACGAACGAAACAAGAUGAAUUAGACGCAUUACCAGCCUCAUUAAGCACAGAAGCCGAAUGCUUGUCAAAAUUUAGUGCACUAAUGAAAGAAUAUCGUGAGAGUAUUUUAGCGAGAGUAAACGGUAUUUAUGAUCAUGAUUUAUCAAUGAUAAUAGAAAAUAAGGUAAACAUUUUUCUUACUUUUGUUAUAACAACGUUACGAUUUUGACGCAUGAUUUAAUUCACUUCUGUCGAUUUUCAUAAUACAAAAACCGGAAUAUUUCUGUUAAUGACAAUAAUUAACAAACGUUUAAUUUAUUUUAGACUACUACAGUGGUAAGUUUCGCGUUUAGCGCAUCGCCACCACCAUCACUAUUACC